CUCUCUCUCUCUCUCUCUCUGUGUCACAUGCGAAAAAUGGAGCGCUAUGGCAAGAAGAGAAGCCUGUGCAGCUUUAUAGAUGAAGAGAAGAAACUGGCAAUCCAUUCCCCGAUAUCUCCCCGUCGUCUCUCCUUCAAAACCCUCCAUGAAAUGGCUGCCCCCGAAGAACCUGAAGCCGUCGCCGCCGCAACCAACUCCCUCUAUUCCCUCAUCCCUCCUCCCAGCCCAGAUUCUCCAUGGACACUCUCCCCCCUCCACACCCCCUCCCCCUCCCUCCUCCACCACUGCAUCGCCUCCCUCCACCGCCACGACGGCAACAUCCACUCCAUCGCCGUCUCCCGGGGGGUCGUCUUCACCGGCUCCGACAGCCGCCGGAUACGCGCCUGGCGGCAGCCGGACUGCGUUGAGCGGGGCUACAUCCGCGCAAGUUCCGGAGAAGUCCGGGCGAUUUUGGCUUAUGGAAACACCCUCUUUACAUCGCACAAAGAUUGCAAGGUCCGGGUAUGGAAUGUGAUCAAUUCGGAGUGCUUUAGGUCGAGAAAAAUGGCCACUUUGCCCAGAAAAUCUCCAUUUUUUCUGCUUCCGAGAGCCGGCAGCCAGCACCAACACAAGGAGUGUGUUUCUUGCAUGGCUUAUUACCAUGCAGAGGGGCUUUUAUACACUGGUUCGUGGGAUAAAACGGUGAAAGCUUGGCGGGUUUCCGAUGGCCGGUGCGUCGAUUCGUUUCUGGCGCACGACGAUAGCGUAAACUCCAUGGUCGUGAACCAGGACGACGGCUGUUUGUUCACUUGCUCUUCGGACGGAUCGGUGAGGAUUUGGCGGCGAGUCUACGGCCAGAGCUCUCACACUCUCACCAUGACGCUGAAAUUCCAGCCGUCGCCGGUUAACGCUUUGGCCCUUAUAAGCUCGUCGCCGCUCUCUUGCUUUCUCUACUCGGGAUCCUCGGACGGGUUCAUCAACUUCUGGGAGAAGGAGAAGCUCUCGAGCAGAUUCAACCAUGGCGGAUUCUUGCAGGGCCACCGAUUCGCAGUCCUCUGCUUGGUGACGAUCGAGAAGCUGAUAUUCAGCGGCUCGGAGGACACGACGAUUAGGGUUUGGAGGAGAGAGGAGGGGAGCUAUUUCCACGAAUGCUUGGCGGUUUUGGACGCUCACAGAGGGCCGGUGAAGUGCUUGGCGGCGACACUGGAGAUAGAGAAGGUGGUGAUGGGGUUUCUGGUUUACAGUGCGAGUUUGGAUCAAACCUUUAAGGUUUGGAGAGUUAAGGUUUUGCCUGACGAAAAGAUUAACGUUUGCAUGGAAGGGAGGGAGAGGAUGAAGAUGAUGGAGUACGAGAUGAGCCCUGUGUUGUCGCCUUCCUGGGUGGAGAAGAAGCGUCAAGGCAGCCAUCAUUUUCUUUGAAUGAAUAUUCUAAAGAUGUGUAAAUGUGAAAUGGAGAGUCUUCCAUGGACAUGGCUACUAAUUAAUCUCAAUAAUUUGGUGGUGAUUAUGAAUAGAAAUUAAUGACUAAUUACAAUUU